UAUGACGCCCCAUUUUGAGAUACAAUCCCCCCCCUCCCCCACCUCUUGAUAAACGAAAGAAGAUGGAGAAAAGACUGAACUAUAUUGAAAAAUCACAGGGAUCAUGGCAUCACUCGAGAACAUCAGUGACUUAAAACAAGCGGUUCGUGGCGACAGAAGAUAGUGUACCCGUGGCAUCCCUAGCUGGAACUACCAUGGCACUUCCCUUGGCACUUUUGCUGAGUCUGGCCCUCGCGUUGACGCUGGGCCAAGGAGCAGCCUCUGAUCUCAGCAUUUUGUCACCUUCGGCGUCUCGUUCUCCUUCUCUCCCUUUGCCUCCCUCUCCAUCUCUCCCUCUGCCUCCUUCUCCUUCCCUCCCUUUACCUCCCUCUCCAUCUCUCCCUCUGCCUCCUUCUCCUUCCCUCCCUUUACCUCCCUCUCCAUCUCUCCCUCUGCCUCCUUCUCCUUCCCUCCCUUUACCUCCUUCUCCGCCUCUCCUUCCUGUUUCUCCGCACACUGCUUAUCACGACUCAGCCAUUGCGCUAAACCAGGUGACUUUGGUGAAAAUUCUGCAAGAAAUGAAGGAUCUGACCGUCCUCUCUCGGGAGACCGGACACAUGAGAGUCAACGAAGGCGCACCCGACGCCCCCCAGCCAAGCCAGGCGAGUCACCUGAGUCACCUGAGUCACCUGAGUCACCUGGCCGCCAUCGCUCAAGGAAUUCAGUACAUGUCUGCAAGUGUCGACGGCUUAACUCACGUUCUGUCCUCUGCCAUCCUGCAUAUGAAUCCUGACACAGAAGACGAACCCGAUCUUCUCCACGCCUCAAAAGUGCCACAGACGAACCCCCCCGCCGUCACCCGCCGCCCGAGGAACAAGUCUCACUCGACCGAGCAGAAAGACGGUGAUUCCAAGCGAAUUUCCUCCCGCGGCCUCGAACCCCAAGGCCACCAGGCGGAAUUCGGAGAACGAGACGGUCUGUCCAAGCUGGAAUUCCAGCGGACGACGAGCGACCUGCUGAAGUCACAGCUGGAGCAAAGGGAGAUCGAGAGCAACCACCUGUGCCUCAACCUCAGCCAGUUGGAUAUGGAGGCCCAGCGGCUGAGGGAAUGGAGUCACCAGCUGCUGGGAGUCCAAGCGAAUGGCACAGAAGAGGAACGGAAGCUGAUGCGGGCCAAUUUGUUGGAAGCAGUCAAGCUCAAGAACCAGCUGGAAGCAGAACUGAGCGACAUCCAAAGGGACAAGGACGAACUCGAACAGCAGAACAGUGACCUCGCGAAACACAGCGAGGUUCUUGAGAAAAGUGGAAGUGAGAUCGAGGAAGAGAUUCAGCAAGAGGAACGGAGAGAAGUCGCGCUCUACAGGGAAAGGAACUUGUUGGCAGAGGCUACAAAGAAAGCUUUAUUAGACAAGGUCAUCCUCGAUCAAGUCAUCACUAGGUUGGAGCAGGAGAAGCGGAAGUACUGGGAGCUGAUACCGGCCAUGACGAGGCGCGUCUACGAACUGCAGGCAAGAUGUCGCGGCAAGAACUGAAAAGAAUUUACUUAGUGUGGUGAUUCAGUCAUCCCAAAGAUCUUGGUAGCAAAGUAUCCCGAGGAUAACAUUAUCAGUGUAGUGAAUCUAAAGGCUUUCACUCAAACCAAAGUUCUCAGUAGUAAAAGUGUCCCGAAGAGAAUAUAUUCCGUGCAGUGAUGUUGGCACUUUCCAGUCCAGAGUUUUCAUCGGCUAAGGGUUCUGUGGAGUCCAAACCAUAUCCAUUCUUGCCGAAAGAAGUGCCCCCCCUCAAAGAAAAAAAAAAAAAAAAUAAGGAGAGAAAAAAAAACAACAAUGAUGUAAACUUUUGAAGGCUCGUAGUGCUGCGAUAGACUACAACGCGUACACAGACGAAAUGUGCACAUGGAAGCGUACAGGAGAUCUCUGUUAUGGUGAGAUAAGAUGACGCUGUUUUGGUCCUUCUCUCGAUGGGCUGUUUAAUUUCGGCAAGUCAAGAAGAAGAAUAAAAAGCCAAAGAAUUAAUAAUAAUAACAAAAAUAUAUCACUAAGGAAAAGAGAGGAUGAAAACAUAUCUUAUCCUCAAUUACAGUACACUAAUUUGUUAUAUGUUGUACCUGUGUGUUAAGAAAUGUCAAUGUGUGUAACGGAACUUAAAGUGUCCUUUUGAAGCAGGAUGCCCCCUCAGCUAUACGCUUGACAUUACAAAGGCAUUUGUAUAUAAUGAAUGAAUGUAAAUUAAUGAAUAAACUUAAAAUAAAAUGUGUGAAAGGGAA